AUGCUGCAUACGAACUUCCAGCACACGUACCAUUGUUUACAAACUGGACGGUAUGACGAACUCCGUUGGAACCAAACUCGCGACGACAUACUGGGAGAAACCGAUUUUGACGGAGUCGUUGAUUCAGAAGCUUCUGAAGAAGGAGAAUCUCCGUUGUUUGGUCGUACUGGAAAGAGUUUGAACAACUUGACCAGAGCUCAAUUAGUUGCUACUAAUGUGAACAAUGAUUUCAAGUUUUCAGCUUACAAGGAAGCAACAACCAAAGUCAUUCGAUGA